GUGGAAGUUCAUACAGAACAUAAAUUUCUCAAGAGAAACAUUUUAAUUAACAAAAUUAUGGCUUUAAGAUUAGAUUUAAAGAGAAUUGCAUCGUGCAGUGUAUUUAGAAACCAGCAUAAAUUUUUGAGGAAUUUUGCGACAGAAAAAUCUAGUGAUAGUAAUAAAUCAGGCAGAGCAAGUAAUCUUGAUGGACCGACUACAAAUACACCGUCAAAGGAGAUUGUUACGCCAUUUCCACCACUUACAGAGCCACUUAAAGACCUUCCACAAGUCGAAUAUGCACAAGUAAGGAAAGAACAAGAAGAAACAAGGGUCACUACCCUUUCCAAUGGCUUAAGAGUUGCAUCAGAAAAUCGUUUCGGUCAAUUUUGUACAAUAGGUGUUGUUAUUGAUUCUGGUCCACGAUAUGAAGUUGCUUAUCCCAGCGGAAUUGCUCAUUUCCUUGAAAAGUUGGCAUUCAAUUCUACUAUAGAAUAUCCAGAAAAGGACAUAAUAUUAAAGGAACUUGAGAAGCAUGGAGGAAUUUGUGACUGUCAAUCAUCUCGAGAUACUUUCAUUUAUGCUGCAUCAGCUGACAGUCGUGGACUUGAUCAAGUGACGAAAGUGCUCGGUGAAGUAGUCAUGCGUCCACAAUUGAAGAUGGAAGAAGUUGAUAUGGCACGACAAGCUGUUCAAUUUGAAUUAGAAUCACUUCAUAUGAGACCAGAACAAGAACCAAUUUUAAUGGACAUGAUACAUGCUGCUGCAUAUCGUGAUAAUACUCUUGGAUUGCCAAAACUCUGUCCGCCUAUAAAUGCACCAAAAAUUGACAGAAAUAUGCUUUUGACUUAUCUUAAGCAUCAUCAUACACCACAAAGAAUGGUCGUUGCAGGUGUCGGCGUUAAUCAUGAUGAAUUUGUUCGUGCUGUCGAGAAGCACUUCGUCGAAAAUAAAGCAACGUGGGAAAUUGAACCAGUAAAGAAUCGUGGUGCAUAUACGGUAGAUUCAUCAAUAGCUCAAUAUACAGGAGGUCAUAAAACAGAAGAAUGUGAAAUUCCAAUUUAUGCUUCAGUCGGCUUACCAGAAUUAGCACAUGUUGUUAUUGGUCUCGAAGGAUGUUCACAUCAAGACGAUGAUUUUAUUGCUGCAUGCGUUUUGAACAUUAUGAUGGGCGGUGGUGGAUCAUUUUCAGCUGGCGGACCUGGAAAAGGAAUGUAUACAAGACUUUACACAAAUGUUCUCAAUAGAUAUCACUGGAUGUACAGUGCAACAGCUUAUAAUCAUGCUUAUAUGGAUUCUGGAUUAUUCUGCAUUCAUGCUAGUGCUCCACCAACUCAUGUACGAAAUAUGGUCGAAGUUAUUACAAAAGAGCUUGUUAAUAUGUCAACAGCACCAAAUCCAACAGAAUUAAAGAGAGCAAAGACUCAAUUGCAAUCGAUGUUAUUAAUGAACCUUGAGUCUAGACCUGUUGUCUUUGAGGAUAUUGCCAGACAAGUCUUGGCUACUGGACAGAGAAAGAAGACACAGCAUUUCAUUGAUUCUAUUGAAAAAAUCCAAGCUGAAGACAUUCAAAAAGUGGCUAGACGAUUCCUUUCCUCAUCACCAGCACUCGCGGCACGUGGACAAAUUCAAGGAUUGCCAACGUUAAAAGAUAUUCAGGCUGGAAUCCUUCAAAAUGGAGUCCUUCCAGGCAAAAGGCUUUCACUGUUUCGUUAAGUAGAUCAAUAAAUUAAGAAAAAUCUGUAGAUAGAUGAAUAUUCAUUGGAUAGACAUUCACAACCUCCUUCACAAAAUUUAAUGCUUGAUUAAUCCUCGAAAUUCGAAGUUUUACCAAAUGCAAUUAUCGUGUUAAGAUUUAUGUUCUGUAGACAUAUUUUGGAUUAUUAUUUUUAUUGAAGAUGUCAGGAUUGUAGAACUGAGGAAUUGAAUUGCGAUUCUCAAACAAUUUACAGAACAGGUUCUGUAGAGUUCUACAGAAUUUUUGCUUUAAAUUAAUUAUAUGCUGUCAAGUAUUCUGUAGAGUUCUAUCGAAUAUCCUUAAAAAAGUUAUGUUUAAAAUGCAACGUUUGAAAUAUUACAAAUAAAUCCAGUGCUGUUUAUUAUUUAA